AUGGAGUUAACAACAAAUGAACUUCCUACUCAAACUAUUGAAAAAGUACCAUCACUUUUGAUAUAUGGAAUAAUAAUAGCAUUUGGAGUUUGCCUUAUAUGUAUAUAUUGUUUAUUAAAUCUUCUGUAUUCUCGUAAGACAACAGAAUUUACAAAAGUAUGGUCUCCAUCAAAUGUAAGUAUACAAUCUAGACCAAAUAGAAUUAUCACUUUUGGUGAGAUGCCAAGUUAUGGUGAAGAAAAAAGGAGAAAAGAAACAAAUAAAAGAGUUUUUAAUAAACUUAAUAAAGUUACAACAGCCUCAUCUACACCUUUUAAUCUAUCCCAAGCUAAUUUUUCACCUUUUAAUGAAGAAUUAAUUAAGAAAUAUAUUAAAGAUGAUAUAAUUAAAGAUUACUCUUAUUGUUCAACUAAUUAUGAUCCAACAAUAUUAUCAUCUAUUCAUCCCUCUAAUUCAACAAAUUUUGGUUCUAAAGUUGAUUAUAACAAUAGGACUGUUAUUUUUGAUGAUUUAACUAAGAAAGAAUCCAUCAAACAUAUAGGAAUGGGUACUUUUUAA